AUGACAACAAUCAAUAGUAGUGAUAAUAAUAAUAAUAAUAAUAAUAUAGAUGAUGAUUUAUCAUUAACAAUCACAUCAACAACAUCAACCAAUGAUUAUGGUCGCAUUCAUCUUGAAAGAGAUGAACAAUCAAUCUACAGAUCGGUAUUUAGAGAUAAAUAUCUAUUGAGGAUGAUAUUACAUCAGGUACCACACAUCCAUCAUCGAUUGCAACUCAAGACCUUCAAAUACAGACUAUUACAAUCAGAAUGGAUCGCAUUCAACAAGUACUAUGCUGUCUUGUCUGACAAGUUGCAACACGACCCUCUCUUUACAUUUGAUGAGAUGUCACUUCGAUACUUUUGCUUUGCCAACAACAAGCUUGAUCUACUCAUCAGGCUCAUUGCAAAGUACCCCAACUUGUUGGCUAAUCAACGUGGAGGGUCCAAACCAACCAGUUCCAUUGCUCUCUUUAAUCGUCCCUCAUUCUACAUGCUCGACGAUUGUUGUGUGGCCGGUCACAUACACAUUGUCAAAUACCUCACUGAACAAAACUACAAAGCAUCUGCCGAUGCAAUCAAUAAUUGUGCUAGAUAUGGUCAUUUGGAAUUGUUGAAUUAUUUGGAUCAAAAUCGAUCAGAAGGAUGCUCAAAGAUGGCUAUGGAUUCUGCAUGCGAGAUGGGUAGAAUGGAUACAUUGUUGUAUCUACAUCAACAUCGAAAGGAAGGGUGUACGAGAAAGGCAAUGGACACAUCAUCAGCGAUGGGAUACUUUGAGAUUGUAAAGUUUUUGCACGAGCAUCGAAAGGAAGGGAGUAGUAAGGCAGCUCUGGAUGGUGCGGCUGCUGGUGGAUUCAUCGAUAUUUUUCUUCACUUGUCUCGGUCUGAGGGAUGCACAACACUUGCCAUCGACUCGGCUUCGGCGGGUGGCCACCUCGAAGUAGUUAGGUAUUUGCAUUUAAAUCGUACCGAGGGUGCGACCAUCAAAGCUAUCGAAAGUGCUUGCCUAGGAGGACACUUGCAAGUAGUACAAUACCUGUACGAGAAUGUAUUGAUGCGGUGCACACGAGAGGCACUCGACGAUGCCAUUGGCAACGGACAUCUCGACGUGGCACUCAACAAAUAUGUAAACAAAGAAUUUAAAAAGCAACAAGAAGAUAAUCAACAUCAACAACUUUUAUCUCUUUCAAACGAUGGACCAAGUCAAUGA